AGGGGAAGAAGGCGACAUAGGGUUUUGGAGAUGCUGAGAUCGGUGGCGAGGGCGGGGCCUUGGCUCCGAUCGCUUCGAUUCGAUAGGGGAUUCUGCUCCUCGGAGACGGAGAACAUAGUCGCCGCCGUUCUCUUCGAGCGGCUUCCCGUCGUCAUCCCUAAGAUCGACCCAGUUGUCUAUGCCUUCCAAGAAUUCUCGUUCCGGUGGGGGCAGCAAUACCGGAGGAAAUAUCCCGAUGAUGUUUUGGCUAAGGCUGAUGCGAGGGGAAAGGGUGAUUACCAAAUAGAUUAUGUCCCAGCUCCUAGAAUCACUGAAGCUGACAAGACAAAUGAUCGCAAGUCCUUACAAAGAGCAUUGGACAGAAGACUUUAUCUUCUACUCUAUGGUAGACCAUAUGGUGCAGCUGACACGAAACCUACUUGGCACUUUCCUGAGAAAGUUUAUGAUAAUGAAGAGACUUUAAGAAAGUGUGCAGAAUCAGCACUGGAAUCUGUAAUUGGAGGGCUUUCACAUACCUAUUUUGUUGGCAAUGCUCCUUUUGCUCACAUGACUUUGGGACCAACAGAUGACUCAUCCGACGUUCCAUCCUUUAAGCGUUUCUUUUUCAAAUCACAAGUUAUUGGCACUAGCAAAUACAACAUCAGGAAAUGUGAAGAUCAUGUCUGGGUUACCAAGGAUGAAUUGAUGGAAUAUUUUCCUGAGCAAGCUUCUUUCCUCAAUAAGAUGAUUAUUAGCUGAGAUUCAUGAUAAUCUUGUUGAUGAUGCAUUACUAUCGUCAACCAACUGAUGUCUUUUUCUGAUUAUUGGAUUGUAUUUUUUUAAUAGCCAGAGCCAGACCGUACAACAAACUUAAACUAUGCUCCAUAUGAUCUUGUUUCAUUUUGCUUCGUAGAUCAUCAAGGUUUGGCCUUGAUUGCGUUUUACCUGAAUGUUGGCAUGGGGUUUGCAGCGCUUCAUACAUGAAUGCGUAACCAUUAUAGUCUCCAUCUGAUUAUUUAAACAUAGAAAGUUUAGUAAAAGCCCAGUUGUCUUCUCAAAUUUUGUGUUUAAUCUCUUGGCACAGUUUGUAGAAGUUGGCAAAAAUGAAGUGAUUCAGGAGACACUGUUGUGUGAAUA